GAUUUCCAUAGAUAUUAUCGUCGCAUUUAAAGCGCUGGGAUUCGGUUGAUCCAUCGAGUGAUCGAUCUUCUUCUCUUUCUGUUAUAAAGAUCUCUGGGCUUAAAGCUUUUGAUCUUUUUCCUUGCUUUCGUGCUUCAUUUAAGAGGAGUAAAAGAACAUGGGAAGAGCUCCAUGCUGUGAUAAGCAAGGACUGAAGAAAGGACCUUGGUCACCCGAAGAAGAUGAGAUCCUAGUUGAAUAUAUCAAAAAGCACGGCCACGGUAGCUGGAGAUCUCUUCCUAAGCACGCAGGACUUCUGCGUUGUGGGAAGAGCUGUAGACUUCGAUGGACGAAUUAUCUUCGACCGGACAUCAAGCGGGGUCCUUUCACCCACUCUGAAGAGAAGACUAUUAUCCAGUUGCAUGGCAUUCUUGGAAACAGGUGGGCUGCCAUAGCAUCCCAGUUGCCAGGAAGAACGGAUAACGAGAUCAAGAAUUUCUGGAACACCCACUUGAAGAAGCGCCUCCUCUCCAUGGGUCUCGAUCCACAGACGCAUGCUCCUCCCGCCCUUUCCUCUGGGCUUAUAGUCACUCCAUCGGCAUCUCCUUCGACGCGCCAUAUGGCACAAUGGGAGAGCGCUAGGCUCGAAGCGGAGGCUCGGCUGUCAAGGGAAUCGUUACUCUCAAACCAUCCAUCUUCUUCUAAGAAAUCCGAUACUGAUUACUUUCUACGCAUGUGGAAUUCUGAAAUUGGGGAAUCGUUUCGGAGGGUAAACGGGCGAGAAUCGUUGGCAUGUCAAAGCCCCAUGUCCCAGGCAUCGUCAUCAACGAAAUGGGGAUCAGGGAUGACAACAGAGGUGGUGCCUGCGGCAAUGGCGGUUGCACUUACUACAGAUCAACCCGAAAGGGUGCAGUGUGGAAACAGCAGAUCGGAUGCGGAAGAGGUUGCAGCUAGGUCAGACUGCUCGAGCUCGAACGAGCUGGAUGAGUCAUCAGAGACGUCAUUGCAACUGCUGUUGGAUUUCCCAGCCAGCGAAGAUAUGAGCUUCUUUCAAGGACAAAUGGGCAGUUUCUCCUUGUUGCCUAACAUGCUAAGCGAAAGUUCCUUGAAUUCUACUCUUUGAACCAUGACCUGGAAAUUGGAGAAGAAAAGGAAAUUACCAUUUUUGUCGUCCCUUUUACGGGCUUGUGGUUUUUGAGUAAAUCAUGUUUUGAGUUUGAGCUGGUGUCGCUAUAUAGAUAAUAGGGAUAAUAUUAUUUCCCCUCUCUUUCUCUCUCUGUGUCUCUUGGUGCGUGGUGGCCUUUUUCUUUCGGCUGGUGGCAUUUUGUUGAUUUCUCCGGCUAUUGUAGAAAGUAAAAGAAGGGGCGGCCCUGGUUUGGUUGACGAUGUACGGUUGAGUAGAUAUAUACACUAAAUACAGUUGGAAAUAUUAUUGAUUUAUUUUUGUC